AAAAAAAUGAUUGGUGUUUGUAAAAGUGAAUAGUGAAUAUGAUUUAAACGAUAGUUCAUAAAUUGUGUAUUUCAAAUUGUUACAAUGGUACAUGGAAUGACAGAGUUUGAUAUUAACAUCUGCAACAGUAGUUUGUCUCAGAAAUGGCGGCAACUACGUCGUCGCUGCGCUUCCUUCAAAGGAAGCUCUUCACACGACGGAAGUCCAGACCGGGGAAGCGAUUCGCCUCUGUCUGGUCAAAGGUACACAUUACUCGGAGACACUGGGAUAAGUUUUGAAGACUCGCCUAAGAAUUCCGAACGUCUUUACAACACAACCAAAGUUUAUCAUACAUCAUCCCUGCGACUUCCGCAAAAGACCGGCGUGCAGGACGUGCAGAAAUUAUUACGCAAUAAGUUAAAUCGCAUUCACGCAGGUCUAAGAAAACGUCGAGCUAUAUCUGUUCAGGAAGUAUUUGGAAAUCCCGCAACGCCAGCUCCACAGCCCAGGUUUUAUGUCCCAAGUCCUGUGUGUCCAAAUGAUGAUUCUUUGGAAUAUCACAAUGGAAAUGGAAGUGGACCGUCUUCUUUACCUUUGUUUGCUUUGAGUUCAGCUGGAUAUACAUCGACUCCACAUAUACGUCAUCGUUCUCCAAAUGUAACAUUAGAUGAUUUGGAUACACCAAAAAAACCGCCACCGAUGGUUAGAAGAGGAAGCACACCAAAUCAACAGAAUAAAUCCAUUGAGAAUCAUUAUAGAAGAAUGAGCAUCAACUCUCCAAGUGAAUUCCACUCUAGUUCCGUAAACUAUAGCACGUCAGUCGAUAAAACCGAAACUACUCCUGUGAUCAAAACAAAUUCUAAAAGAUGGUCUUUGAUGGAAGCUACAAGCAUUCGGCCACACUUCCGCAUUGGCGACCGAGUACGUAACGACCGCGAUGCAAAGAUCUCAAACGAUGCAGCACCAAAAUCAAUAAAUAGCACUGAACUGAAUUGUAAGACCAAAAAACACAGGGAGAGGACGAGAUCUCAUUCUCCGAUGAAGCGGGAUCCAGCAGCAAGAGACGCCCGAGUCAACCAAAGUUUGUUCGACAAGUUGAGGAAUAGCGUAGGGAAGCACGGAAGUUUCAACGAAAGCAGGAAGACGCAGCAGCAAAUGCAACGGGAGCAGUUGGCUAUUAACAAUAAUGUUACGACCCAAUCUGUGACCAAGUGUCCGUUGCCGGAAGUCCGGGACGUGACCACGACUGCACACCGGAUGGUUAAGCAGGCAAGCCACGACGAUUCUCUCGAUUUGGAAGAAAUCGAGGAAGAAGACGAAACAGUGGAAGAAGCAGAAGAGAGUAAAUUUUGCACGUUGCCGCGCAAUGGACCAGCUGCGAGAGGGACAUUCACCAUAAAACAGGCAAUAUUUACAAAAGGACCCGGUCACAAAGGAUUAGGAUUUAGUAUUGUGGGCGGGAGAGAUUCUCCGAAAGGUUCAAUGGGAAUUUAUGUCAAAACUAUUUUCCCCAAUGGUCAAGCAGCGGAUUCUGGAAGUGUAAAAGAAGGUGAUGAAAUUUUGGCUGUAAAUGGUCAACCGUUGCACGGUUGUAGCCAUGCAGAGGCUAUAGCUAUGUUCAAAGCAAUCAGAGCUGGACAAGUGCAACUGCAUAUUGGACGUCGAGGCGCUGGACGACGCAAACGUGAUAUUGUUACUGCUUCAAAGCUAAACUCUGUUAGCUUACCCAAAUCGCCAGCCAAUAAUAAUAAUUCUCGUUAAAAUGAUGUCAAAAUUAUUAGACUUUCAAUUUUACUCUAUUAUAGGAAUUUACGUAUGUGUUUCUAUUAGAGGAUAAUUGGAUA